AUGAUGGACCGGUGGGUCAAUAAGAAAACGAUUGGAGCCAAAGAGUUUGCUGCCAUGAAAAAAAUCGCAGAGACAAUGGUCCUUCCGAGGGAUUAUACAAAGCUGACAUCGAAGAUUGGAAAAGGCUUUCCUUACAUGAAAGCCGAUGACUGGAAAUCCUGGGUACUGGUGUAUUCUCCUGUUCUGCUGCAUGGUGUUCUACCAUUUGAAAUGUACAACAACUGGAUGAAUUUCGUCCGUGCAUGCCACUAUCUUAUCAAGCCAAGCAUCACAUUUGAUGAAGUGAACAGUGCCCAUGACUAUCUGGAAAUGUUUUGCAAAAAGGCUACCAAACUCUACACUCCCACCAUCCUCACCUGCAACAUGCACCUGCACCUCCACCUUCGUGAGACCAUUCGUAAUUUUCGACCCGUGUAUGGUUACUGGCUCUUUGGGUUUGAGAGAUAUAAUGGCCUGUUGAAGCAUAUAAAGACAAAAGGAAAAUAUAGUUUUGAGGCAACAUAUAUGAGAAGUUUUGUUCAAAACGCAUUCAAGGGUGACUAUGUCAAUACUGUUCUGAAAAGUUCUAGCCACGUCCCCUUUUUCAACAUUCUCUCAAAGCUUUCUCCAAAAUUCACACCUACCAUCACAGUCAUUACUCUCUCCUCCCAUCCAUUCCGAUUGCAAUUAUUCUUACUAGCAUCGUCCAACCCACAUCUUCCUCCAAAGGGUAACAAACCUCUCCCUCCUUCGACUUUUCCUCUUCAGCUAAAAAAAUCAUCACUGAUGGAUGAAACCGACUAUGCCCAUCUGCUUCAGCACUACAAAACAUCCUAUGAUCUUCCUGACCUUGUCAGUUACCAAUAUGCCACGCUCACAAACUCCUUUGUUGACAAUGAAAUCACAAAGUUGAAGUUCAUUGACUUACUUGGUCAACAGUACCGUGGUAAAAACGGUUCAGCUAGUUGUGGUUCUCUUGUCCACGUAAUGUUUAUUAGUAGUGACGGUAGAAAUACCCUAGCCUAUGCUGGACAAAUACAGUAUCUCUUCACACACUCCUUUACACACCCUUCUAACAGCAAUCUCCACCUGACUCGCAUGGUUCAUGAUCAUCAUGUAUUCGCAUAUAUCAAGUGGUUUAAUACUUCCUCUGAUAGAUCGCGUGAGGAUGACGGUCUUGAGUUUUGUCUCCCCACCUUCUCCCCCGAUAGUCGCCAUUGA